AGAGUUCCCUGGAGCGAACGCCCUCGACACGGCUGCAGCGCUCCCGAGCCUCGCUGCUCUCUGCAUUGAUUUCUCUGGUUUCUGCGCUAAUGAUAACCGCUUACUGGAUUGCACUGAAUCCUAGCCUUGAUGCUGUGGAAGCUGGAGUCUGACAGGAUGAGGAGGAGGAGCCCCGCAUGCAAGCUCACAACACCCCUAGCUCUCACCUGAACAUCAUGAAUGGCAGUGCCAGUCUAAGAUCAGUCUCCAGGACCCAGCAUGGCUCUGGUAUCCCAGUCACACAGAGCAUGGUGACAUCACCGAAGCUUGCCCAGAAGAUCCCAAGAGGAGGAGCUACCAAGCAAGUGACGGAGAUCCCAGUCAACACCAAGGCUGCCGUGGUUUCCAAGGAGAAAGCGGAGGGGAUGACCCCCAGAUCUGGUGAAAGGAACCCUCUGCUUUUCCGAAAAACUGGAAUCCCGUCCCCCCGCAGCGCAUCAGAGGUGUCUGAAAGGAGAAACGUAACCAGGUCCGCCUUCAGCAGCCCUCAGACUCGAAGAAAGGAAGCUCCGAGGUCUAAAGACACGUUGGACGUCAAUAGGAAGUCCCUUCCACUCAAUGUAUUCCGGGAUCUGAGGAGGAACGGGAAUUCUCAAGAUGGCAACCCUAGAGUAGGGAGCAAUGCUAAUGUAGAACCUUGGGAGCACUGCAGCAGUGUCAAACAGGCUGGAGAGGCCACAGCAUUCCCGGUCAAGGGAAGGUCUACCUCCAGGUAUUCCAAUGAGAACUUACUCUUGAGGUCUCCAGGAAGGAAGGAGCAAAAUGUGAUGACGCAGGGCACCAGAGCUAGCUGUGGGUGGGGCAGUUUCUCUGAUGAAGAGAUGGGUACCCCUGAAGACUUGCCCUCAAAACCAGUGUCAGCCACACCUUUGUGCCCACCAGGAGGUGCCACUGUCCGGUUGCCCACAGGGACCCAGCUGUCUCGAACCAUAAUGGCCACGGUGGCACCUUUCAGAUUGCAGGUCAAUCCUGAGAAUGAUGUGUCCUCACUGGAGGACUUCAGUGACUGCUCAUCAGAUUCAAUGGAGCUGUGUUGUCAGGACUUGGACCCAGAGUCCCAGAGGAAGCGCACUGUACAGAAUGUUCUGGAUCUGAGGCAGAACCUGGAGGAUACCAUGUCCAGCUUGAGGGGGGCACAGCUGUCUCACAGCUGUCUGGAGAACAGCGUGUGCUACGACAGCGAUGAGGCUAACCCUCUCAGCAUGUCCAGCAUGUCCAAUCGCUCGUCCCCCCUGUCCUGGCGUUACGGCCAGUCGAGCCCGCGGCUGCAGGCAGGAGACGCCCCCUCCUCGGCAGGGGGGUACCACGGGCAGGGUGCCCAGUACGCGGCGCACACCAUGCCCAUGCGCAGCCCCAGCAGGCUGACCCACAUCUCCAGGCUGGACCUCAUCGAGGGCCUGGACCCAGACGACGCGGACCUGAAAUCAGGUUACAUGAGCGACAGUGACCUUCUGGGCAAGUGCAUGCAGGAGGAUGAGGACGACGACCUCACUAACGGCUGGGAUGAGAGCAGCUCUAUCAGCAGUGGUCUCAGCGACGCCUCGGACAAUCUCAGCUCUGAAGAGUUCAACGCCAGCUCCUCGCUCAACUCCUUGCCCACCACGCCCACCGGCUCGCGCCGCAACUCUGCCAUCGUGCUGCGCACGGACGCUGAGAAGCGCUCGUUGGUGGAAAGCGGCCUCUCCUGGUACAGCGAGGAGGGCAAAGGGCACUGCAAGGCCGACAGCGGGAGCUACGACACGGGCAGCCUGAAGGCAGAGACGCCCAGCCGCUGGAGGAAGGUGCGGCCCGAAGCCGGGAGCGAGGAGGCGGCCAAGCCAGAGUUAAAGAAGCCCACCAGCCUCUGCCAGCCCAGCGCCCUCAAGAAGGGCAAGAACCCCCCCAUCGGGGUCACCUCCCCCAUCACACACGCCUCCCAGAGCACCCUCAGAGUGGCCGGUAAGAGUGACCAGAAGGCGGUGGACAAGGUCAAAAUGGCAGUGAAGGGGACGAGCCUGCAGAGGUCGUGCUCGGACGCAGGGAAGGACCGGGGAGAGACCAGGAAGCCCCCCUCUGGAAUCGUCCGGCCCUCUGCAGGAGGCUCGUUCGGCUACAAGAAAACCACGGGCACAGCGACCGUCAUGACGGCCGGGGGAGCGGCCAUCUGCAGCGGCUCAGCCACCGUAGGCAAGGCUCCCAAAACCUCGGGCAUCCCCGUGAAGCCAGCGGGCGGGGGGGGCGGGGGGCGCAAGACCAGCCUGGAAGUGUCCGAGGGGUUCCUGUCUCCCAACGCCCGAAACAACAUUCAGUACCGCAGCCUGCCGCGCCCGUCCAAGUCCAGCUGCAUGAGCGUCACGGGGAGCAGGGCCGGCGCUCGCCCCGUCAGCAGCAGCAUCGACACGGGCCUGCUCAGCACCAAGCCCAGCGCGGGCCUCUCCCGUCUCAAGGAGCCCGGCUCUGCCAAGACCAGCAGCCGUGCCAGUCUGGGCCCGGUCAACCAGACGGACCGUGAGAAGGAGAAGGAGAAGGCCAAGGCCAAGGCAGUGGCUUCGGACUCGGAGUGCGGGCCGCUCAAACCAGUACCGGAGCCCGGCUCCAAACUGCAGGGCCUGCGUCCUCCGAGCGGGACCAAGUCCUCUGAGCUCUCCUCUCCCACCGCACACAGGGUGCUGAGCUCCAAGUCCCUCGGAAAGCCGCCCAGCCUGGCUCACCUGGACAAGGUGAGCUCCAGCAGCCUGGACUCUGACAUGUGCAUCCCAGACCACCCCCCCCCUGGGGCUCCCCCCCUCAGCAAGCUCCAGGACCUGCCAGCCUCCCCCAGCCCCUGUCUGACCCCCAGCCCUGCUCCCAUCCUCAACGUCAACUCCAACAGCUGCUUCAGCGCGCAGGGCCUGGGCCUGGGCCUGGGCUCCUCCCCCUUGCUCUACCCCAAGCUGUCCGGACUGCACCGCAGCAUGGAGUCCUUGCCCCUCCACAUGAGCGUGCCAGCGGCCCCCAGCUACCCCGGGGCUGAGCCCAGAGAGAGGGAGGAGGAGCGGGGCACGCUGGGCUGGAGCCCCGGGGUUCGCUCCUCGCUCAUUGAAAGUUCUCAAAGGGACAGGAACACUCUGCCCAAGAAGGGACUGAGUCGCUAUAGCUCCUACCAGUCUGAAGAGGACGCUAAAGAGCGUCGGCACUCCCACACCAUCGGAGGCCUGUCCGAGACGGAGUGCCCACCCCAGCUGCCAUCUCCCUCCUCCGUGUCCCUGAGCUCCACAGGCAAGGGGCCCUUCACCAGCCUCGUGAGCUCCAGCACCCCCCGCAUCACUCGCUCCAACAGCAUCCCUGCCCACGACGCAGCCUUUGAGCUGUACGGAGGGGCCUCUCAGGUGGGCAGCACCCUCUCCCUGGCAGAGCGACCCAAAGGCAUGACCCGCUCCGGCUCCUUCCGGGACCCCGUGGACGACGUCCACGGCUCUGUGCUAUCCCUGGCAUCCAGUGCUUCAUCCAACUACUCCUCGGCUGAGGAGAGGAUGCAAGGAGAGCAAAUCCGUAAACUGCGCAGAGAGCUGGAGUCUUCCCAGGAGAAGGUGGCCUCCCUGACCAAUCAGCUGUCGGCAAACGCAAACUUGGUGGCAGCGUUUGAGCAGAGUCUGGUCAACAUGACGUCCCGGCUGCAGAGUCUGUCUGUCUGCUCCGAGCAGAAGGACUCUGAGUUAUCUGAAUUGCGGGAGACCAUUGAGGUGAUGAAGACCAAGAACGUGGAGGCCCAGGCAGUGAUCCAUGUGGCUCUGAACAACCCUGACAUCACACCCAAAGAGCUGCGGAUAAAGCGUCAGAACUCCUCGGACAGCAUCUCCAGCCUCAACAGCAUCACCAGCCACUCCAGCAUCGGCAGCUGCAAGGACAACGAUGCCAAGAAGAAGAAGAAAAAGAGCUGGCUGAGAAGCUCCUUCAACAAGGCGUUCAGCAUCAAGAAGGGUCCCAAGUCCGCCUCUUCGUAUUCGGACAUUGAGGAGAUCGCUACCCCUGACUCGUCCGCACCCUCCUCCCCGAAGCUCUCCCACGAGGGGGGAGACAACCCCCCGCUGUCCCUGAAGUCCUCCACCUCCACCUCCUCCUCUGUGAUCUUUGAAGGAAACGAGGAGCCCGAGUUGGAGGACAAGGGGGUAUCGGAGCUGCGCUCGGAAUUGUGGCAGAAGGAGAUGAAGCUGACGGACAUUCGACUGGAGGCACUGAACUCCGCCCACCAGCUGGAGCAGCUGAGAGAGGCGAUGAACAGCAUGCAGAUGACUGUAGAGAGUCUCAAGGCUGAGAACGACCAGCUGAAGACAGGAACAGGACCGAACACAAGCCCCGCCCCCAGCCCCGCCCCUCCCUCCUCAAUGUCCCAACCACAGGGCUUGAGCUCCCUGCUGAGUGCGUCGCCACGGCAAUCCAUGGCCCUGUCCCUCACGCAGUCCUUCACCCUGAGCCUCAACGAGUGCACGGACACAGAUUUGUCUCCCAUGGAUGUGAUGAGCAUUUCCUCUCAUAAAGAAGAUAACAGUCGUCUUCGUAUCCUUGUCCGUGUUUCUGACCAGGACGUUUUCAAUGACGAUAUCAAACAGCAGGAUUUCUUCAUCGGUUCGGUCAAGGUCAAUGCUAAAACAGAGUGGGACACGCUGGAUGCUGCUGUCUGCCAGACCUUCAAGGAUUACAUUGCAAAGGUAGACCCUGCCUCCAGCCUGGGCCUGUCCCCGGACUCCAUCUACUGCUACAGCAUCAGCCAGGGCAGGAGGGUGCUGGGGGCAGAGUCCCCCGAGCUUGUGCCGUCCCGGUACAUGGGCAGAGGCACCAGCUGCAUCGCCGUCACGCUGAAAGGUCUGAAGGAGAAGUGCGUGGACAGCCUAGUGUUCGAGACCCUCAUUCCCAAGCCCAUGAUGCAACACUACAUCAGUCUGCUCCUGAAGCACCGCCGGCUCAUCCUGUCCGGCCCCAGCGGCACGGGCAAGACCUACCUCACCUGCAGGCUGGCAGAGUACCUGGUGGAGCGCUCCGGGCGCGCGGGCACAGAGGACAUCGCCAUCACCUACAACAUGCACGAGCGGUCGUGCAAGGACCUGCAGCUGUUCCUCUCUAAUCUGGCCAAUCAGAUUGAUCGAGAGACCAGCUCUGGGGAGGUCCCAUUGGUUAUCAUCCUUGAUGACCUCAGCGAUUCGGGGUCCAUCAGCGAGCUGGUUAACGGAGCGCUGACCUGCAAAUAUCACAAAUGCCCCUACAUCAUUGGAACAACUAACCAGCCGGUGAAAAUGACACCCAACCACGGCCUGCACCUCAGCUUCAGGAUGGUGACCUUUUCCAACAACGUGGAGCCUGCCAACGGGUUCCUGGUGCGCUACCUGCACCGCAAGCUGAUGGAAACGGAGAGCGACUGCAGUGCCAACGACGAGGACCUGCUGCGGGUGCUGGACUGGGUGCCCAAGCUGUGGUACCAUCUGCACACCUUCCUGGAGAAGCACAGCACCUCCGACUUCCUGAUCGGCCCUUGCUUCUUCUUGUCAUGCCCGGUGACAGUGGAAGAAUUCCGCUGCUGGUUCAUUGAGCUCUGGAAUCACUCCAUCAUCCCCUACCUGCAGGAGGGGGCAAAGGAUGGCAUCAAGGUGCACGGUCAGAAGGCGGUGUGGGAGGACCCUGUGGAGUGGGUAAGGGGGACCCUGCCCUGGCCCUCUGCUCAGCAGGACCAGGCCAAACUGUUCCACCUGCCACCGCCGAGCGUGGGGCCGACUGGGGCGGGGCAGCCCAGUGAGGAACGGGCCAUGAAGGAGACCACGCCCAGCACCCUGGACUCCGACCCCCUGAUGGCCAUGCUGUUGAAGCUACAGGAAGCAGCCAAUUACAUUGAAUCUCCAGACAGGGAAUCAGUCCUGGACCCCAGCCUCCAAUCAACACAUUGAAAAACCACAAGGAUGCGAAAGACUUGCAGCUCCGAUGGCUCGUGCUGUUAACAGUUUUUUUCCGCGGUUUGACGUCAGCAGUGGGCCUGCUGGCUACAGAAAUGUCUCUGUCUGUGUUUUAGUAACACAGAUGGUAGGUACAGAGUCUGCGCUGUAACUCCCAGAACCACAAUAUGACGGUUUAAAAUAAUCCACCUGGAAAUUAAUGGAAAAAAAGAACUGAAAUGUACCUGUGUGUAUCUUUUUCAUUUUUUUUGUUAUUUAAUCUACGCAUGGCAAUCGUUUCAACUGGAUUAAAGACAAAAUGUUUAUAUAAAUCUGAAUCUGAAAAAAAAAAAAACACCUUCAACAAACAGUGGGGAGCUACUGCUGUUCCACCGCUGCCCUUUCAAACAAACAGGUGCUCAUUGGAGGAUAUACAGUAUUCUCACACCUCAUUGGUCCUCACAGCUUGUGGGCGGAAAUUAAAAGCACAGCCAUGAAAUCCACUGAAAAAAAAAGCACAUAUUUUUAAAGCAUUAAAUAGCAUAGGAGAAGCUCAGAACAGUCUCAACAGUUCUACUACUGGUACGGUAGCUUUCUUUUGGGUCCUAGAUUUUGCCUGUUCUGUUUUAAGGUUUAGGAUGACUGUGCUUUUCAAUUACUAGAACGCAGAACCAUGGUCCGUUCGUAGCUUGUAUUUAAUAUUUAAGGGCAGAACCAUCUCAAUAGCGCUGGGGCCCAGUGGGCAGAUCACAAUGAAUUUGUAAUUGUUCUGCUGCAUAGCCAUUGCCUUGUGCGGCCGUAUCAGUAGCUGUUCAUAUAUUUGAAGGGCCGGUUGAAUCUACGCAAGCUGAUGAACUCCCCUGGUUCAGGGUUCACAAAGACAAGCUGUGAAGACUCAAACACAUAUGCAAUUUUCAAUUACAACGCAGGUUUUUGAAAAUCAAGAAUGGCUGGUGCUUCUAUAACGCCUUAAUAAAUCAUCGUGUAGUUUUAGUUCUAAGAAUGAACAACAAAGACGAAUCCAUGAAGGUUGCUUCAUGUAGUAUCUACAGAAACGCAUGCAGUUCUGCAUAUGAAAGAGUGGAGAAGACGGUUUAGUAAAAGGGAGUCCACGCACUGUUCUAGAACCUACUGGGUUCUAGAUUCUAUUGAGCCAUUGUGUUGGAACCUUUAGUUUCAGGGUCGCCUUUCAUUGUUUGACUUCAGAAACUACACAAGCUGGUAGUGCUUAUGAAAAGCGAAUAAACGUCCUCCCUCUCCUCAGUUGAAGUGUUGGCUCUCACUAGCUUGAUUGCUUUGCGCGAGGCUUGUGUCAGUUUGUUCGUCCUCUAUAAGCAGAUAUAACACCGUCGUGGUAAAUGGACACCACUGAUGAUGCGUUUCCAGCUGCUACUGGGACCACAGUCCGUUUACUUUGUGUGUGUGUCCGUCGCCUGUCUGUGAAUUGCACUGCGAGAGAAACGCUCCAGGCAGGUGAAGGAAGUCAUUCAGCAUGCAUUGUACGAGGUGGUGGGACGUCUGGUCAGUGUUUGAGCUUUAUGUAGCACCCCUGCUAAAGACUUGAUUGUAGACUUCAGAUGGGAACGGAGGAGUGCAGCGCCGGUUUGAUAUCUGUCUUAAUUUUCUAUGCUGAUUGUAAUAUCAUGGCUAACUGAGGACCAGAUAUCAAUAAACCAUAUAUCCUUGCAUGUUAACAUAUAUUUAACAUAUGAACGUACACAUCGUAUCACGUUCAUACACCUGGUUCAUAUGGGAGAGGCUUUUUAGGGGCUACCGAAGAACAGCCUGUGGCUUGUAAGACUAGAACACAUUUGUGAAUUAGUCCUUUGUUUGUAUCAAUACUGGGCAGUCUUUUGUGUGUCUGCCUUGGUUCACAAGAAGGAAUUGCAGUACUGUAUUGAUGCAACAGGUGGCAGUGGACUCCCUCUAAUAUCUCUCUCUCUCUCUGUUUAUCCAGAAGUGAUUCUAUGUACAGAGUACUGCUUUUAAAGAAUUGGAUCCACUUGAUUGCUGGUAACAGUCACAAGCGAUUCUGCAACUUGAACAAACAUUGUUAUCUCAACUUCCCUUUGUUUCCUACUGUAAUAUUAGUAUGUUCUUAAAUCAUUGUAGCUGAUGUUGUUCUUUUUCAAGGGAUCAGUGGAUAGGUUUGGAGUCAUUUGUCAAGUCCAGGCACCGCACAGGACAGCACAGCUGAUUCAAGUGGAUCAAUCUUUUUAAAAUCCUUUCUGCAAAUGCCAUACAUAUUGCAUCGAUGGCAACCACUUUAGAGCGAAGGUGUCUGUUCUGUGUGUACUUAACCAAAUACUUGAAUUGUAUUCUAGCGCAGUGGCUGUAAUGUUAGCAGGUUGAGUAAUUCAGCUUUACAGGAAUGUACGUUUAGUAAGAGUGCAGUGCUCUUUUAUAUUCCGCCAUUCAUAGACUAGGCAGCCUUGCAACAUCGCCAUGAUACUGGUGCUAUUCAAACCUUAGAAUCGUCCUUGCACUCCAUUCUGAAAAGGUGUGACCUCAUAUAUUUAUUAAAGCUGCAUAGGCAGGACUGCCGACCCCUUACCCAGUAAUAGUCUAUAGAACGGAUAAUGAAAAACAACUUGCUUACUAAUAAUAAUAAUAAUAAUAAUAAUAAUAAGGUGUAUUUAUGGCAUCUGCCGUCCUUUUCAGCAUACGAGAUAGUAGUAAAACUCUGCUUUGAAGUCGUCCUGUUGUUGCUCAGUAAUAGUGUAUUAUAGCACGACACCGAAGGGUGCGUAUUAAAGUGUGAAGGGCAGGGUUGAAAAAUAAAACCCUGUCCAUGAUGCUUCCAUGUAGAAAACCCGUCCUUCACUUUCCAUUUAGAAAACCCCGCCCUUCACACUUUCCAUUUAGAAAACCCCGCCCUUCACACUUUUCCAUUUAGAAAACCCCGCCCUUCACACUUUUCCAUUUAGAAAACCCCGUCCUUCACACUUUCCAUUUAGAAAACCCCGCCCUUCACACUUUUCCAUUUAGAAAACCCCGCCCUUCACACUUUUCCAUUUAGAAAACCCUGCCCUUCACACUUUUCCAUUUGGAAAACCCCGUCCUUCACACUUUCCAUUUGGAAAACCCCGCCCUUCACACUUUUCCAUUUGGAAAACCCCGUCCUUCACACUUUUCCAUUUAGAAAACCCCGUCCUUCACACUUUUCCAUUUAGAAAACCCCGUCCUUCACUUUCCAUUUAGAAAACCCUGCCCUUCACACUUUUCCAUUUGGAAAACCCCGUCCUUCACACUUUUCCAUUUGGAAAACCCCGUCCUUCACACUUUUCCAUUUGGAAAACCCCGCCCUUCACACUUUUCCAUUUAGAAAACCCCGCCCUUCACACUUUCCAUUGAGAAAACCCCGCCCUUCACACGUUCCAUUUGGAAAACCCCGCCCUUCACACGUUCCAUUUAGAAAACCCCGCCCUUCACACGUUCCAUUUGGAAAACCCCGCCCUUCACACGUUCCAUUUAGAAAACCCCGCCCUUCACACGUUUGCAUGUGGGAAACCCCGCCCUUCACACACUUUAAUGUGUCCUUCAGUUUAGUAGCACCCCUCAAAUGCACUUAUUGGUGGAAAAAAAGACUUAAAGACCUUAGCAGUUGUGGACUUGCCAGUUCCCAUCAGUGGAUUUUUGAAAUCCCAGGAAGAAAUUGUCUGUAAAUUUAAAACUGCAUGUGAACCGUUUGUACAGCUGAUAUGGGGUGGGGUGGGGUGGGGGGGGGGGAAUAUGUAACAAUAGGAGAAACCUGUCCUGGUAUUUUAAAUACAUUCUUGAGAAAGCUUGACACUGCGAUUCAUUGCGAGACAGGUUACAGAUUCGGCUCUGGAAACGUUGCAGUGUUAACUUUCCUCUCUGUGUCUUUGCAGACCUCUGAAGGGGUAGAGUAACUUCUGAUGUGAUGUAUAAAAAUAGUGUUUUCUAGAAUCGCUAUACAGGAGCUAGGCAAAGCAACUUGAGGUGCAACAAAUCUAUAUUCAUACACCUGUAUACCUUAUCAAGCCUUGAAAAGGUGUAUUUAAAAUGGUCUGGCUGAUCAAAAGAAAAUCUUCUUCAUCUUCAUUACAGCAGCAGCUGGUCAGUGUCCACAAUAAUCUCACAUGAUGUCUUCAUUCUACUGUGUCAUUUUAAUUCUUAAGAUUUUCUGUUUUUUAAGCAAGGUAGAUUUUACUGGUGGCCCCCUAAUGUGUAGAAUUCAGGGGUUUUGCACAGUUACUGGUUUGGUAAUUUUCAAAGUAAUGCUUUUUACGAAGUAGAAUUUUUUUAUUCCUUGGUUGGGGGGGGGGGGGCUUUUUUGGUGCUUUUUUUUUUGCUAGGAUAAUAAUAAAUGGUAGUUUGUUGUAUAAGUAGAGACGGUCGAGGUGGGUUCCUGGGAGCGGGGUGGGUUCCUGGGAGCGGGGUGGGUUCCUGGGAGCAGGGUGGGUUCCUGGGAGCAUUCUGGGGUGGCUGGAGCGCUACUUCUUUGUUUUAUUAAUUAUUUAUUUAUUUCUAAAUUAUUUCACAGAGGAAGCUUUCGUACAGCUUCUAAAGCGUGCCCGGAGCCUGGAUUAAAUCAACAUUUAUGGCACUGCCAUGUAGUUAUGGCUGCACUGUGGUUGGUGUAAUAACACAAAUGCAGAACUCCUGAUAUCUGAGAAGAGAACCAAAAAUAUAAGGACCUCCCUGGCAGCAGGGCAGUGUCCUUCAACUCGUCCGAAUCCUUCAGUGAAAUCAAUGGAUGAUUUUUUCUUGUUUUCUGUAGCUUUUCUAAGAAAUAGCAAAACUGAUUCCCCCCUGGCUGUGUAACCAGCUGCGUUUCUCAAAGUAUAUUCAAUUUUAUAGCUGCCUUAUACCUGGGAUCUGCUUCCCUACACAGUCACUAAGAUGAUCUGAACUGGAUAUUAAAUCCAAUACAAAUGGCUUAUGUAAGUGCAGAAAGUUUCAACUACUGCUUCCUGGUAAUGCAUCACUUCCUGUGCUGCAGGUCAUGUACCUGGAAGUGGUGCAGAAUAAUAAUUGGAUUGAGACCAGGGAGAAAUUAACCUGCAUUAAUACCCUGUAUCAUUAAAGCUGCCUGGAAUGCCACCCUGAGCAUGCAAGCCAGCGAACCCGUGCCGGGCUGUCUGAGGUCUUAACCCUGGCUCUGUGUUAAUCUCUUCUGAAUGUUGUACCUAUUCCUCCCUGUGAGUUUCAUGUGCUGUGCUGAAGCGGUUAUCCUGUGUAAGGGGACUAUGCAGCAACCUUUACUGGCUUGAGUAGCAUUCACUCUGGGUGCUUAUCUGUGAAUGCAGCCAUUGAGAUCUUCCAAUACAGUUCAAGGGAGGUGAAGUGACUCCCUCCCUGAUCCGGGGUCAUGCAUUGCAAGGGGGCUGUCUUGGAACCAAAACUUGUGAAUGUGUGUGUGUGUGACAGUCAGAGAUGUGCCUGUGCUGGUACAAAGUGAAUGAACUAAACGGAGGCUCCUAAUGGGUUUGGAAUGACUGUAGGGGUAAUUGCUGAUCAUUGGUAGAAAGCAGGGCAGUGAAAAGGCAGUGCGAUUGAUGCUGUGUUCAGUGUGCACAAACACACUGAAGUCUGCAGUGCUGGCUGGUUAACCCUUCUCUCUUACCUCUUGAUUUUUUACUAAUAUACAGUCAGUAAACUACCUUAUUUACUGUCCUGUUUUGUGUUGGUAAUGUGUGUGUGUUUCAGUACAGCUCUUUCAGGAACUUUGAACCAAACAGGGUUCAGAGCUUGAAGAGAGCGAAUUGGACAUUUUUUAAAUAGAAAUAAAAGUUGAACUUUUACAAUGAUGUGGGUGUGAGUGAAAAUGCAUUUGAAGCCUGGGAGAGAACACCCGUGCACCAUUCUGCAUUAUCUCCUUAAUGAGGCCAGUACGGGCUGCUGGAGAGUCACACAGGAAAUGUCUUAACAUUGCAAAGCUAGUUUGUAAUUAAAAAAAAAAAAAAAAAAAAAAGUGCAAUGAUGGUGUGUGAUAUAAAUGACGUGCUGCUUUGAUGGACUAUAUGUUGUGAACGCAUGUCACCUUGGCGUGUUUGCUAAUCCCUUCGUAGGCCCUGGUUGUCAUUCUUUUUUCUAUGAUUUAUUUGUUUUUUUUAAAACUGAAGUUUGCUUUUCCUAAGCGACCCUUUAUAAAACUUGCUUUCGAUUUUGUACAGCGCAUUCUAAUUGUAAAGAGUGUAAAUAGUAACCGCAUCGGCGACAACAAUCAUUAAAGAUAACAAAUAAUAAUUUAAAAAAGCUGUCUGUGGAGUUUCAAAGACUAACCUCUUUUUAAUAAGUUAGUGCUGAGGGGCUCUGAGCAUUAAGGCAUGUUUCUGAAAACACAACAAACCCCAUCUGUCUGCCAUUGUUUCAUUGUUUCAAUAAAGUCAUGCCAUAUAUUGUA